AUGUGGCUAUUAUUGGGCACAUUCUGGAACGCUUGGUCCGUUGGCGCAAACACGGUAAACGGCUGUGGAUUUGCUAAAAAUGGUAUUUUGUGUGUUUUCACCCCGGCCCUGGGGUUCGAAGACAAGACGGUCGCGGAGUAUUUGAGAGAUAACGGUUACACACAACUAUACAAUGCCUUGAGCUCUCAGAAGUUGGAUACUGCUCUGUCUGGAACAGGUCCAUUUACAGUGUUUGCUCCAACUGAUGCGGCGUUCAGAAAGCUGGGGAAUGCCACGUUAAGCUCGUUAAGCGAUGUCCAGCUGGGUAUUGUUCUCAAGUACCACGUGGUCCAGGAGUACCUCAUUCUGCCCAUGAUCAGAGCUCCUGUCAGCAAAAUUACACUGGACGGACAAUCUGUCAAUAUUGUUCCUGUAUCUGGGGGCCUCUUGCUGAACAACGUGUCUCAUGUCAACACGAACAACGGCGACAUAAUUUGCAACAACGGCGUGGUCCAUCCAAUAGACACAGUCCUCAUACCUCCACAGUUACCUUCCGAAAAUAUUGCUCAGAUUCUGCUGAGAGAUGAUGCAAGGUUUAAGGACCUGUUCCUUACAUUGUUCAUUGCAGAACUGGAACCGGUCUUGUUAAGCGGUGAUUGGACCUUGUUCGCCCCUGUGGAUGCCGCCUUUGCCGUCUACAAGGACAACUUACUUGAUCCAACCUCUCCCAACGCUCUCAAAAUUUACCAGGCGGUGAUGAAGUAUCAUCUUGUACCGGGUGGAAGGCGAGCCGCUCAACUGAUAAACGGCUCUAUGUACACGUUUCACGGGCCAUCCGUCAACGUCACCAUCUCGUCAGGCGGCGUGAUGGUUAACACUGCCAAUGUGAUCGAUGCGGACAUUCUUGCCACUAACGGUGUCAUCCACGCCAUUGACAAAGUCUUGAUCCCACCAGACAUCAACCAGAUUGCCCAGGGCAAGAAAUAUAAGCAUUUAUACAAAAUGCAAUUGUAUGUGUUUUGUCUGGUGCUUCUAGCAUCGAGUGUUAAUUGUUACGAAGAUAAGCCAAUCGCAGAAUAUAUUCAAACAUCAGAUGGAUUCAUUUUUCUCAGAAACCUGAUUCAGCAAGUUAAUAUGACAGAUUUGCUCACUAAACCACAAGACGGAGGAGCAAUUACCAUUUUGGCUCCGACUGAUAUUGCAUUCGCCCUCCUGGGACAAGAUACACUGAAUUCCCUAUCCAACUCUCAGCUGCGCCGUUUGCUCUAUUACCACCUUGUCCCCGGCUUUGUUCUCAAGAGCGCCAUUCAGAAACCCGAAAAUAAAACGACUUACCUGGGGGAGGAUGUUCUUCUUGGAGUUGUUAACGAUAUUUUAUCUGUGAACAACGGCGCUGCAAAUACAACGGCUUCAAAUAUGGACAUAAUCGUCAGUAAUGGCGUGGUCCAGCCGAUAAACCGAGUCCUUAUGCCCCCACCGCACGUUAACGUUGCUCCAAAUAGUAUCAACAUUAUACAAGUAUUCCUGAUGGACGAUACGAGAUUCAAGGACAUAUUCCUAUCAUUGUUCUUCGCUAACCUGACCGAUAUCUUGGAGACCGGAACUUAUACAGUGUUCGCGCCAACCGAUGCGGCUUUUGCCAAGCACAAGGAUUCCAUCUUGGACCCGACUCGUCCAAAUGCUCCGAAUGUUUUCAGGGAAGUCCUAAAAUACCACGUGGUCCCUGGAGAGAUUUGGGCAAGCCAAUUAAAAGAUGGACCUUUGUACACGCUUCACAAUACGCCAAUUAAUGUUGCUUUAUCACCAACGGUGUCAGUGAAUCAGGCGAAUGUGGUGGACGCGAACAUUUUCGCGUCAAAUGGCGUCAUCCACGCCAUUGAUGACGUCCUUUUCCCGGCAGAUCUGGCCCAGCCUUAACUUGAUAAAACUGGAGUCCAAGCUCUUUCACGAGCUGUAGAAGCCAUAUGUUUUUUUUAUCAAUUUCGGGAGUUAAAUUAGAGGGCUGUUCUUUCCUAGUUUACAAAUUGUGACAAUCCUUAAAAACAAUACAUGGAUACUAUGGGUUCUUUCUGAAUACAACAAACAUGCUCAAGUUAAAAAAUAUAUAGUAAUAAUAGUUAUGAGAAAUACAAAUAUGCAUGAUAAAAUUUGGAUGAAUACAAUGUAUCGUGAAUA